CUCCAAUUCAUCGUCUCAAGGUACAUUUCUGACGAUGUCCCCUUCGUUCGCGUUUCUGCACCCAUGGUCCGACGCGGCGUGUCAUGCUCAUUUUUGCUCUGUUCGAUUUUCUGGCUUCCCUUUCGUCUCCUGGUCCGAAAACACAACGUUGACCUUGCCUACUCAUCAAUGAUAAUGAGCGACGCCUUCCUGCACUCUGAAGCAGUCCGCGCAGUCGAGUUCACUACCUGUCCCGAGGAUCGCCCUCUCAUCGUUCAACUGGCCUGCAAGAACGCACCGGAUUUUGCGCGCUGUUGUGAACUGCUUCUCAACCAGUGCGACGGUGUGGACCUCAACUGUGGAUGUCCUCAAGGGUGUGAUAUGAAGGACGGAUAUGGAGCGGCAAUCUUGAAGCAACCUGAACUGAUCGCCGAUCUUGCAGCCGACUGUGACAAGUAUUCCACCGAGAAUCGGGCUGACAGGGCGCCCUUUUCUGUUAGCAUAAAAAUCCGUCUUGUUCCAAUUUCCGGAAGCAGGGCUACAGGAGCCGAUUCGAACAAUGUCAAACUUACGGUCGAGCUGAUUCGAAGGGCCGCAGCCAUGGGUGUGGACUGGGUGACGAUUCACGGGCGGAUGGCCUCACAAGGAAGCAGCUUGCCCUGUCAGUGGGAGGCCAUUCGCGACAUCAUUGAUGCCCACAUCCCCCACCUGGAACACGGAUGUGCACCACUGCUCAUCUUCUCGAAUGGCGAUGUUGCCUCGGCUGCGGAUGCCUGGAAGGCACACCAGCUCACUGCGUGUCCCGGUGUAAUGGUGGCUCGCGGUCUCUUGGCCAAUCCAGCUUUGUUCGAUCCCAACGUGGUCCGAAGUGAGGACUCGGAACUCGAAAGCCCUCAUAUAGCUGGAAGCCUGCUUCGCGAGUGGCUGGAACCGACUACUGAGCAUGCCACCAGUACUCCCUUUAAGAACGUUCGCCGACAGGCCUACUGGAUGCUUGAACAACAUCUCAACAAGGCCACACGAAAAGUCCUCCACGAGAUCCCUGACGUUGCUGGACUUUAUGACUUUUCAAGCCUACAGUGGCCCGAUGAGUGUACACCAGAAACACUACAAGCGUAA